AUGUCGGAUGAUCGCAUAACAUCCACUUUUGAUGGGAAAAUUAUAUUUUUGACAGGUGGCACGGGGUUCGUCGGAAAAGUUUUGAUCGAAAAACUUCUCAGAUGCAUGCCCAAUUUGAGUGGAAUUUGGAUGCUUGUUCGAGCAAAAAAGGGCGUUAAUCCUCAAGAACGGAUUCCAAAUUUUUUUCAAUCUCCCUUAUUCGAUGUUGUCAAAAAGGAACGUGGAUUGGAUUACAUGAUGAAAAAAGUGCGCGUAAUUCCUGGAGAUUGCUCUUUACUCGAGCUGGGAAUGUCCAAGGCGGAUCGUGAGCUCGUCGCUAAUAACGUAAAUAUCAUCUAUCAUUGUGCUGCGACGAUUCGUUUUGAUGAGCCCUUGAAGCGAGCUGCUCUUCUGAAUACUCGAGGCACGAAAUUGAUGAUCGACCUGGCAAAAGAGUGCAAAAAAUUAGAUUUUUUUGGUUACAUGGGAACGGCUUAUUGUCACCUGAAUGAGAAAUUGUUGCUGGAAAAGGAGUAUCCGCCACCAACUGACCCGUAUAAACUCAUUGCUAAUUGUGAGUUGUUAGAAGAUGACGUUAUUGAGAAAAAUACGCCGAAAAUGUUGGGAAAAUAUCCCAAUUCGUACGUUUUUACGAAAUCUUGUUCCGAAUCUAUCGUAGUUGAGUCCAUGAAAGACCUUCCGAUUGUUAUUUACCGAUUGUCACUGCUGAUUUCUUGUUGGAAAGAGCCGAUUCCUGGAUGGACAGAUAACAUCAAUGGACCCGUUGGAAUGGUAGUUUUAACUGGAAAAGGUGUUCUUCGGACAGUGCAUUGCGAUCCACAUGGAUAUAUGAACAUGUAUGCGGUCGAUCUGGCUGUUAACGGUAUCAUCACGAGUACUUGGAACUUUGUUGCUAAUAAGGAUCACUCAAAACGCAUUUGGAAUAUAGUAAAUGCUCCAGAAAAUAAUUGGACAUGGACAGAACUUUUACCAAUGGCACUGAAAAUACUGUUGAAACAACUUCCUUUGAGCGGCGCCAUCUGGUAUCCUCAUAUCUCGUUGACAAACUCCCGAACGCAAUUCGAGAUUGAAAAUUUAUUGUUUCACAUGGUUCCAGCAUAUGUCCUAGAUUCCAUCCUACAAGUUUUGGGAUAUCGUCCAAUAUUAGAACAUGCCCAUAAGCUGAAUCAAGCGUUCCAGUACUUUUUAACCCGCUCCUGGGAUUUUGACAAUACAAAUCUCCGAUCCUUGGAAGCUAAAUUAACUGUAGCAGAACGGGAAAAAUUCAAAAUGAGCCAUAAAAAAGCCGAAUUUGAGGGAUAUUUUUACAAUUGUAUUCGAGCAGGGCGUUUUUACGUCUUGAAAGAAACGGAUGAUACGAUUUCAAGUGCAAGGAGACACCUGAAGAUCAUGUGGUUUGCCGACAAGUUCUGCAAAACAACUUUCAUGAUGUUCAUCAUUUACUUCAUCGGAGGAUUGAUGAUGCGAAUGGUGUUUGGAUACUCGUGGAGUGAUUGA